UUGCUUGACUAUCCAAGAUCCAAGCAACGUUUUCUUAAACUGAAAAGGAAAAUUAUUCCCAAAACAUGCGUCAUAAUUACUUUGUUGUGACAUUGGUUGCUCUAUCAUUGUUAAAUGUAAUGACCGAGGCAAAUAAGGUCUGUCAACGUGGACCCCCUGGACUCAAUGGACAACAAGGAAUUCCAGGCCGAGAUGGUCGAGACGGUCGUGACGGUAAAUGGACACCUGGUGCUUCAGGUCCUCCAGGCCUGAAAGGUGAUCGAGGUCCUCCAGGAAUACCAGGUCAAUCACCAGUAAUAAACUGGAAACAGUGCGCGUGGAAAAAGUCCGAAGAUAAAGACAAUGGUCUGAUCAAGGAAUGUAUUUUCAGGAAAAAACAAACAAGCACGGCUCUGCGUGUUUUCUAUGGAGGUAAUCUUCGAAUCGAUUGUCAGAAUUGCUGUAAAAGAUGGUACUUUACAUUUAAUGGAGCUGAAUGUCAAGGACCUCUGCCUAUUGAUGGUAUCUUCUAUACGCGUAUCCACAACGACAUACACCGUCACCGUCACAUCGAAGGAUACUGUACGAACAUCCCCGCAGGCCAAGUGCGCGUUGGAUUUUGGGUAGGGAAUUGUAAAGGGCAAGGAAGAAAUGCAGAUGCACACAGCGGAUGGAAUUCUGUUUCAAGGAUUGUGAUCGAAGAGGUCCCUCCACAGCAAACAUAAAUCACUAAAUCACCAGAAAGAAUUGAACCGACUGAACAACAAGCAACAAACCGUAAUCAACCAACCAAACAACAAUCAAGAGAGAAUCAGUUAAACCAGUCACCUACAGCAAUCAGUACCCAACCAGCUUAAUAAAACGUCAAAUUAGUAACCACCAAUUCAUCACUGC